AUGGCACGACUCGAUGACCCGUACGCGUACUGCUCGGCGGUCAAAUUGCAGGUUGGCAUGCAGUACACCCCGACUAUCCUGGACGGGCUCAAUAAGCUGUCUGAGACCUGCGAUACAUCCACAGACCAGGGGCUCCACCAGCUGCUGCUCGACAUGGUGCUGCUGCUCCAGCGCAACGAGGCUAAUUGGCGCUACGCGCAUGUCGAGCGGGCGUUGUCGAGCUCCGAGGACGAGGGCCGCGAGGCGGGGGCGACGCUGCAGCGCUGGGGCGUCGAGGGGCAGAGCAAGUGGGGAGACGGGCAGGACUACAGCGACAAGAACACGCCCCAGGGCGUCACGGAGUACGUCGUCGUCACGAUGCUCGUGAGCUGCUACGGCAUCGUUUGCGCGGGCGACGGGGACGAGGUCAAGAUCCGGAACUCGACGGACCUGAAGAAGGUCGUGACCGCCAUCUCUGGCGUGCAGGUGGACGAGCUGAUCCAGCUGGACGUGCAGUGGCUGCCCGAGGAGAAGGGCGACUCCAUGUCAGGACUCGAAGUGACGGUGAAGUUCCCCGAGAUGAUGAUCUCAUCCCCUCUUUCCCUUUUUCCCCGCGUAUCAUUUUCUCUCGUGGAGCGAGGCGAUGGAGGGCCAGUUCCGGCAGAAGCCUGUUUUUGUUUUAUAGAUGCCGGUAGGUAG